AUGGCAAACACUAAUAAAACAGGUUCAUGGUUUGUCAGUAAUAUCUGCUUGUGUCUGAACAACACUGAUGAUGAGUCCUUGUUGAAAUUCUUCACCAUCGUUCAGAGUCGAAUGCAUGUAAAGUCACGCGAUUACAGGACCUUUGCCAACACGCCUCUAGGACAGACACCAGAGCUCAAAAUGUUUCAACAGGACAAAAAAUUCUUUAUCUCAAAAACAAAAACGACAGCAAAACCUGUUUCAAACUAUGAUGCGAAGAGGGACACGAGCAAAGUCAGAAAUGAACCAAUUUCUCCAUAUUUCUCCUGGAAAUCAGAUGAAGGACAAGAUAUCAGGGGCCGCAGAGGUUUCCUUCUAUCCGUGGUCCAAAGCAAACAAGUGCUAGAAAUGAAAAGAGUUCUUCAGAACCUAGACUUCGAAAUUAGAGACUGGAUACUGAGUGGAUCAUCGAUGGAGUUUUAUUUUAAGAUGGUUACCGAAAUGGAACCAGACGUGGGCUGCAUCAUGACCUGCAUAUUUGGACCUGUGUGUGAAAACGAACAGAAUGAGGUUUGCGUGCGCGUGCAAAAGGACAAAGAGAUUCCAAUCACGGACAUCCUACACAGUUUGGUCGGCCCAAAUAACGAUAAAUUGAUAGGAAAACCGAAAAUUCUGUUCGUUGUUAACAUGGAAGCACCACAAACGGACAAUAUCUUUGUGCACAUGAAAGAUUUACAAGUGUCUGCAACAAACCACAGUGGCUGGCUAGUAUUGAUCCUAAGAUAUGAAGAUGCAUUAGAGCAGUUGAUUGAACUCUUCGGAAACAUCAGUGAGAAAAGCCUGCAAGAACUUCUGGAGCCUCUGCUAACUCGUGAGUCCAAAAGAGAGGAUGCGGUUCUUCUCAAUUCUACAUUGCAGUAUCUCAUCCAAUUUCCUAUUUGGUCGAGAGCAUUUGUCAAACCCGAUUUCAAGGUUAAAAAGACAAAAUUAUACCGCAACCAAAUGGUUUGUUUUGAAAAUUCAACGGAACCACAUAUUGAGGAAAAGAUUGAUUUUGAAACAUUAUUAAAAAAGGUCAAACAUUUCCUCGAAAAUUCCCAAAUUUCAAGCGAUACUGGUUCUUCAUUGAUGUCAAACCCCGUCAGAGAUUUAAAUGCUGUUUCUGAAGCGAGCGAUGUUUGGAUAUUUAAUUCCAUUGCUGGGUCGGGCAAAUCAACCAUUCUUGGGGAAAUGGCGCAACAACUCUCCAAACUUGAUGGAGAGUUAAAAAUACUGCAAAUUCCACUCAAAAAGUACUAUCAGUACUUGCAAGAAAUUCCUGUGAUGAGCGUGGAUGAAAUUGGAUUCCUGGAAAAGACAACUUGCAAUUCUCAAGCAGAUAUCAAACACUGGAUUGAGAAGAGAGAACUAAUUGUUUUCCUCGACGGUUUUGACGAGGUGUGUUCUGAAUUCAGAGAAAAAAUCAUCAAAAUUCUGAUUGCAUUAAUUAAUGCAAGAGUCCCACUCUUUAUCGGGACGAGGCCUCACGAAGUGCACCACAUUCAAGAGAGGAUAAAAAACUCGACGAUAGUUGAGAUCGAACCCCUUGAUGAAGAAAAGCAAAUCGAGUUUCUGCGAAUCGUGGCGCGAAAAAAUCCAAAUGAAAUCGAAGAAUUGAGGAAAAUCUUCAAAGACCAAGGUAUUCUGGGAAAUCCGCUCUAUCUCACCUUGUUGGCCGAGUACACCGGUGAUGGAAACUUGUACAAAAUCUUUGAAAAUAUAGUGCGGUGCAAAGUGGAAAUUGGUUUGAAGAGAGAAAAUGGAGGAAAAGAUGUCGGAGAGGAGACGAUUGACAAAUUAUUGAAGCUCAAUCAAUUUGUGGCCUCUCGUUUUGUAACAGGAGUGAAUAAGAUCGACGACGACAGUGUUACACAGGAAGAAUUGGAAAAGAUGAACGCCGUUGGAGUUGUUACAUAUUCCAAGAACAGCUUAGUUUUCCCUCACCAAAUGUUUGCGGAAUUUCUUACCGCACAAAAGUUCGUAUACGAUUUAAAAAAUCCAGGCAAUGAAAAGGUGCCCUUGUUCAACGAUGAUUUGAUGCAGUGCAGAAAGUUCGUAGACCUCUUCUUUUCUACGAAGAUUGGAAUAGACGCAUCCUACGCAGAGGCUUUUAAGGAUUUUGCGGAAUUGAACGACCCUUUGGAAUUAGUCAAGAUAAUUUGUCGAGAGAAUUUGAUACAAAUGUUCCUGAUGCUCAACCUCGAUCUCUCAUUAAAAGAUGAAGACGGCAAAAACGCUUUGCACUUCGCACUGCGGCACCUGGAAAUGGUCAAGAUGGUUCACGAAAGGAACAGCAAUCUAGCGACCGAAACAACCAACAAUGGAGAGAGCUGUCUCCACCUGGCGAUUGAUGACGAGAAAUGUAGCGAGGAAGUGGCUAUUUGGCUCAUGCAAAACACCCAAGUGGACAAAAACGCUGAAACCAAAACUAAAAACACACCACUUCUCCUUGCAGGUGCAAGAAAAAAAUGGGAAGUGGUACAAAGUCUUGUGUUCACUAAUGUUGAACUAAACAAAUUUUGUCCAGAUGGAAAAUCAAUUUUGUACUAUGCCAUCCUAUCAAACAAGUUAGGCUUGGUAAAAGAACUUAUUGAUAGAGGCUCGAGCAUCAGUCUUAAGGAUCAAAAUGGAGACACAGCCCUUCAUCUUGCUGCUAGGGCUAAUACAAACCCUGAAAUUGUAAAAAUUUUGCUUAAAAAUGGUGCCGAAGUAAACGCAGAAAACAAUGAUAAAUGGACCGCACUGCAUUGCGCCGCAAGAUACAACCCAGUUUCAGAAAUCGUCCAAAUGCUGCUCGAAAACGGUGCCGACAUUCAUUCACGAAACAAAGAUGGUCAUACAGCCCAUCACCUAGCAGCUAGGUCGAAUACAAACCCUGAAAUUGUUAAAAUUUUGCUUGAAAAUGGUGUGCCAAAGUAAACUAACAACAUAGUGAAAUAAACCGCACUGCAUUUGGCCGCUAGAUUUAUCCCAGCUUCAGAAAUAAUCCAAACGUUCCUUCACUUGUUAAAAUUUCAUAAACUUCAUCUAGCUUUUUGGUAUAUAAUACAAACUUUUAAGUAACGAAAAUUUUGCAUGCAAAGUGAAUGCACAAGACAAUAAUAUAUGGACCACAGUGCAUUUUACGCCAGUAGAAUUUACCCAUCUCCAAAAGAGGCUAUUUAGCCGCUUGAGAAAGGCGCCAUGAUAAAUGAAAAAACUUUUAAUGGGUAGACUGCUUUAUUUCUCGCAGUUAUAACCUUAAUAUUCAGAAAAAUGUGGUUCAAAUUGCGGGAACUCUCUCCCAUGGACACGCGCGUUACAAAAUACUGCUCGACCAUGGUGCCAUAGUAAAUAAAAUACGGUUAAGAAUGAAAAAGAGUGAAGUUCUUAAAAGAUUAGAAAAAAAUGACUCUGACCUUUUGUCUUUAGUGAUCUAAUAGGUUGUUGCUUAUUUUGCUUGUAAAAAUCUGCUUAUAGUAAAUAAACCAGUCAAAUUGAAUGGAAGAAUAUCGAUAUUACGCCGCACACUAGCAGAGUCGAGACUCUUUGUUGUUCUGCUAUCCACAUCAGAAUCACAUGAGACUAAAAUUUUUACGAAUGUAAUUAACUAUACAUAUGUAUAAUAAAUAAUACAGUAGCUUUUCAAGUGUAAAAAUGAAAUCCAUUUAUGUAUCAUACAACCAAUUAUUAUGAGUGUAUAGAAAUAAGAAAUAAACAUUAACUGUGACCUUUUGGAAGAACUAUAAAAUACUUUUUAGUAAUAAAUGAGUUAUCUUUUGUUUAAUUUUUAGUGUCGAUGUAUUAAAUUAAUGACACAUGCAAAUAUUUGGGACGAAUGGAA